AUGGAGAAACCUCAUCUCUACUAAAAAUACAAAAUUAGCCGGGUGUGCUUGUGCAUGCCCGUAAUCCCAGCCACUCGGGAAGCAGAGGAGAAUCGCUUGAACCCAGAAGGCAGAAGUUGUGGUGAGCCGAAAUCUCGCCAUUGCAUUCCAGCCUGGGCAACAAGAGUGAAAAUCCAUCUCAAAAUAAUAAUAAUAAUAAGUUUACAACCUCUGAAUAUGUACCAAAUGGAGCCGGUGGGGAGUAUUAGGACAAGCCCCGCACUGCAGAUCCCACCUCUCACUCGUGGACCGAGUGCAUGGGACACAGCCAUUCGGAAAGCUCUUUCUUUUGGAGUGGGACUGGGUGUUCUGGUUUUAGUUUGUUUGUUUUAUCAUUUUGUGACAUUGGCGCCUAUUCUUCACUUUGCAUCCUUGCCUUGCUUGCUUGAAGCUGGAGCACAAAUGUCCUGUCAAACUGUAACAACACAAGCAUGCGCCAUCCCUGAGAGGCUUAGCUUGGGAAGUGGAAUCUCCAGGAAUCUCCUUCUGUGGUCUGUCUGCCACUUUACACUGUUGCUCUCAUUUCAGUCACUGAGGCCCUGUCCCUUGUUCUCCAGGGACAUGGUGCUGCCCUAUGAGCUCUGGCCCCUGUGUGACUUUUACAUUGCUCCUCCAGAUAGCAGUGGCACUGGCAUUUGAAAAAAGGCUAUUUGA